AUGACGAGCGGUCGACGCGACCGCCGAAGUUCAGCCAAGCCAAGCAAGCAGGGAAAGAAAAACUACGUCGCCUUGGCGCAACUGAUUUUCUGCCCUGAGGAGAGAGAUUCACCGGGGCAAACAACGGUCAGGUUUUAUACCGGUUUCAAGGCGGUUGUGGCUACGGCGACGGGUGGAGGAGGCGAGCGAACGCGACGACAGCCGUCCUUUUCUCGUCAACCGGGAGACACUGCUGUGUCGAGAAAGCAAAUGACAAGACACGGCUGCGGGUGGCAGGUGCAGCAGCGACGACCGAAACAGAAUCUCAGACGAACGUUGUCGCGAGAGGCAAAAACUACCUCGGCGAGCAGCUGA